AGCCUGAACCUGAAGGGGUUUUGCGCAUAAACCCUACUUCACAUUAGGAUUCAAUUCAAUCUCAAGUGGCCAUUACCAGCUUGCACCCUACUGGGGGCAAGAAAAGAAGGUAACUUUUCUUUCUCUUCUUCGUUUCUUGUUUUGUUUCUGUAUCUAUUGAAUAUGGAACCCAGACUUUUGCUUUCUUCACCCAAAGCUUCACUAUCUGCUUCUUUUCCCUUCUUUCUCUCUUACAAGUCUCCAUUUCUUGAAAAACCUAAACUUUCUGUGAAAACCCAUCUCUGCCUGAGAACAAAGUUUGCAGAGAAGACGCCAUUUUUAGGCAAAAGUUUGGUUUUACGUGAGAAGGAUGCUGCUUCUUCGGUUACUUUAAGAAAGACUCGUGUUCCAUUUGAGCCGGUAAGAGCAGCUGUGAAGAGAAGGAAAGAGCUUCCUUUUGAUAAUGUGAUUCAAAGGGACAAAAAGCUCAAAUUGGUGUUGGGGAUAAGGAAGAUUCUAGUGAGUCAUCCGAAUAGAAUUAUGUCCAUUAGGUCAUUGGGUAAGUUUAGGAGAGACCUGGGGCUCAAAAAGAACCGUAGAUUUAUUGCUUUGUUGAGGAAGUUUCCUGGCGUUUUUGAAAUUAUUGAAGAAGGGGCGUUUUUGUUGAGAUUUAAGUUGACACCUGAAGCUGAAAAGCUUUACUUGGAGGAGAUGAAAGUUAAGAAUCAAAUGGAAGACCUGUUGGUUGUUAAGUUGAGGAAGCUGUUGAUGAUGUCCUUAGAGAAGCGGAUUCUGUUGGAGAAGAUUGCCCAUUUGAGGACUGAUCUUGGGCUUCCUUUAGAGUUCCGGGAAACUAUUUGCCAUAGAUACCCUCAAUAUUUUCGUGUUGUCGCUACUGAACGUGGUCCUGCUUUAGAAUUAACUCAUUGGGAUCCUGAGCUUGCAGUAUCAGCAGCAGAGUUAGCUGAAGAAGAAAAUCGAACUAGAGAGUUGGAGGAGAAGAAUUUGAUUAUAGAUAGGCCACUGAAGUUCAAUAGAGUAAAGCUGCCUAAGGGUCUUAUUCUUUCCAAGGGUGAAAUGAGAAGGAUUUGUCAGUUUAGAGACAUGCCUUACAUAUCCUCUUACUCAGAUUUUUCAGGAUUGAGGUCAGGUACUCCAGAGAAGGAAAAACAUGCUUGUGGGGUUGUCCAUGAGAUUUUGAGCCUCACGGUUGAGAAGAGGACGCUGGUUGAUCACCUCACUCAUUUUCGAGAGGAGUUCAGAUUUUCUCAGCAGUUGAGAGGGAUGUUGAUAAGGCACCCUGACAUGUUUUAUGUGUCUUUGAAAGGGGAUCGAGAUUCAGUUUUCCUUAGGGAAGCAUAUCGUGAUUCUCAGUUGAUAGAUAAGGAUCCAUUGUUGCUUAUUAAAGAGAAGUUUCGUUCUCUUGUUGCUAUUCCUAGAUUCCCUAGGAGGGGUUCUCCCAAGAUUGAUGCUGAUGAGAAAGAAGAAAUAAAUGACAAAGAGGAGGGACAUGAUGAGGAAGGAGAAGGGUCUGACAUUGACAGUUAUAUGACUGAUGGCGGGUGGUCUGACGAUGAUGGGGAUGAAGAUGAUUGGAAUGAUGAAGAUUAUGAUACACCUCCAGAUUUCAAUGAUGAUGAUUAUGUCAAUGAUGAUGAACCUGUGAAGAUUGGAGUGACCAAAUCCAUUAAACAACUAGAUAAGUCUGCAGAAAAGGAAGAGAAGGUGCUUGUUCCCGUCUUUCCUGAUGGUCGACCAAGAGAACGCUGGUAGAACAGAUGAAAAAAUUUGCUAUGAAUUGAACACCAGACUGUGGUCCUGAAAGGUUGUUGACAUUUGCAUCAGUUCAAAGGAUUUUCUCUAGAUAUAGAAUCCACAGGUUCUCAAACGUAUUCGAUAAAGCUUAGUAGUAAGUGUGCAGUUUUCUCCUUUAUAUGCAACCAUGCAUCAUAUUAUCAAAUUGCAACAGAGGAACACUUUGUAUUUAUUUAUGCAUCUUGUAGAUUUUUCUUUCAGGAUGUGAAAAACAGUUGAUGCCUUCUGUUCAUAUAAUGAAAAUUAAUGCUUUUG